AUGCCGCCGAUUCGCACCUCCCGCAACCGCAAGCCACCGCCCGCGGGGUUCGAAGACAUCGAAGACACGCUACUGGAGUUUGGUAAUAAAAUGAAGGAUGCAGAGAAUGCCUCACAUGAAGGCAAGAAGAAAUACGAGGUGCUGUGGCCGAUAUUCCAGAUCAGUCAUCAACGGUCCCGAUAUAUCUAUGACCUCUACUAUGAAAAGGAAGCCAUCUCCAAGCAGUUGUAUGACUGGCUACUCAAAAAUAAUUACGCCGAUGCCAACUUGAUCGCCAAGUGGAAGAAGCAGGGCUACGAGAAGCUGUGUUGUCUGCGCUGUGUCCAAACAAAAGAAACCAAUUUCAAUGCAACAUGCAUCUGCCGGGUGCCCAAGGCCCAGCUGAAGGAGGACCAGAUGAUUCAGUGUGUCAGCUGUGGGUGUCGGGGCUGUGCGAGCAGUGACUAG